AGCGCCGCCGCGCUAAAAAAAAUCCUCCGCCAUAAACUCCUCUCUCGCCUCUCGCCACUCGCCACUCGCCACCGUACCAGUGGAGGUGGUAGUUGGCGGCGGCGGCGGCGGAGGAGGUGAGGAGGCUGCUGCUGGUGCUUUGCCUCCAUGGCGGCUUCUCCUCCCCUGCUGCUCCCGUUGCUGCUCGCCUGCGUUUGGGGUGCGACGGCGGCGGCGGCGGCGACGACGGACACGCUGAAGCAGGGGGAGUCGCUGACGGGGGCGGCGACGCUGGUGUCGUCGCCGUCGGGGGUGUUCGAGGUGGGGUUCUUCGCGCCGGACCCCAAGCUGCCGUCCAGGCUCUACCUCGGCAUCUGGUACCGCAGCAUCUCGCCGAGGACCGUCGUCUGGGUCGCCAACCGCGCCGCGCCCGCCACCGCCUCGUCGCCGUCGCUCACGCUCGCCGACAGCGGGGAGCUCCGGGUGCUCGACGGGUCCGCGGCGGACGCGCCCCUCCUGUGGAGGUCGAACGCGUCCACGCAGACCGCCCCCCGCGGCGGGUACAAGGCCGUCAUCCACGACACCGGCAGCCUCGAGGUGCGCAGCGACGACGGGGCGCUGUGGGACAGCUUCUGGCACCCCUCGGACACCAUGCUGUCCGGGAUGCGCAUCACCGUACGGACGCCAGGCAAGGGGCCGUCCGAGAUGAUGCGCUUCACGUCGUGGAGCAGCGAGACGGACCCAUCGCCUGGGCGGUACGCGCUCGGCCUCGACCCGAACAACUCCGGCCAGGCCUUCAUCUGGAGAGAUGGUAAUGUCACCAUUUGGAGGUCAGGACAGUGGACUGGGCAGAAUUUUGUGGGCAUUCCUUGGAGACCACUGUACUUGUAUGGGUUCAAGCCAGCAAAUGAUCCCAACUUAGGUGCAUACUACACUUACACUGCAUCAAACACAUCUCUGCAGAGGUUUGUUGUUAUGCCAAAUGGUACAGACAUCUGCUACAUGGUUAAGAAGUCAGCACAAGAAUGGGAGACUGUCUGGAUGCAACCAUCGAAUGAGUGUGAGUACUAUGCUACAUGUGGCGCAAACGCUAAAUGCACUGCCUUGCAAGAUGGCAAAGCACAAUGUACCUGCCUGAAAGGUUUUCAGCCAAAGUUUCUUGAUCAGUGGAAUAUGGGAAAUUGGAGUCAAGGUUGUGUCAGGAGCCCACCUUUGGGUUGUCAGGUGAACCAAUCUGGGGAUGGAUUUCUUUCUAUCCCAAACAUCAAGUGGCCAGAUUUCUCAUACUGGCCGUCUACGGUGCAAGAUGAGAAUGGGUGCAUGACUGCUUGCCUGAACAACUGCUCGUGUGGUGCCUAUGUCUAUAUCAAUACAAUAGGAUGUCUACUCUGGGGUAGCGACCUGAUUGACACGUACCAGUUUCAGAGUGGGGGAUAUACCCUAAACCUCAAACUUCCUGCUUCUGAAUUACGCUCACAUCAUGCAGUUUGGAAAAUAGCCACAAUAGUGUCUGCAGUGGUGUUAUUUGUUUUGCUAAUUUGCCUCUUUCUGUGGUUGAAGCGUGGGAGAAAUAUCAAAGAUGCUGUGCACAAAAGUUGGAGAUCCCUACAUACAUCUACAAGGUCUCAGCAGAAUAGUGGUAUGCUGGACAUCUCACAGUCAAUUCCUUUCGACGAUGAUAGAGAGGAUGGAAAAAGCCAUGAACUCAAAGUAUACUCCUUUGACCGGAUAAAAGCAGCCACAUCUAAUUUUAGCGACUCCAACAAGCUUGGAGCAGGAGGAUUUGGCCCUGUAUAUAUGGGAAAAUUACCCGGGGGAGAAGAAGUAGCUGUAAAGAGGCUUUGUAAGAAAUCAGGUCAAGGACUUGAGGAGUUCAAGAAUGAGGUCAUACUUAUUGCAAAACUGCAGCAUCGCAAUCUUGUGAGACUAUUAGGAUGCUGCAUAGAGGGAGAAGAGAAGAUCUUGGUGUAUGAGUACAUGCCUAACAAAAGUCUAGACGCAUUCCUCUUUAAUCCUGAAAAGCAAGGGCUCCUAGACUGGAGGAAACGGUUUGAUAUAAUUGAAGGGAUUGCUCGAGGGCUGCUAUAUCUCCACCGGGACUCAAGGUUACGCGUUGUUCAUCGUGAUCUCAAAGCCAGCAACAUUCUCCUGGACAUGGACAUGAACCCCAAGAUAUCAGAUUUUGGAAUGGCCAGGAUGUUUGGAGGGGAUCAAAACCAAUUCAACACGAAUCGUGUGGUUGGAACAUUUGGCUAUAUGUCACCAGAAUAUGCUAUGGAAGGCAUUUUCUCAGUCAAGUCUGAUGUUUAUAGCUUUGGAGUUCUAAUGUUAGAGAUCAUCACAGGAAAGAGGGCUUUGAGCUUUCAUGGUCAACAAGACUCCCUAAACAUUGCAGGAUAUGCAUGGCGACAGUGGAAUGAAGACAAGGGCGAGGAACUGAUUGAUCCAUUGAUAAGAGCAUCGUGCUCACUUCGACAAGUUUUGAGAUGCAUCCACAUUGCGUUGCUAUGUGUUCAAGAUCAUGCGCAAGAACGUCCUGAUAUCCCUGCGGUCAUACUGAUGUUGAGCAGCGACAGCUCCAGUCUUCCCAUGCCAAGACCGCCUACGCUGAUGCUCCAUGGUCGUUCGCUUGAGACGAGCAGAUCAAGUGAGAAGGAUCAGAGCCACUCCAUCGGUACUGUGUCAAUGACACAAUUGCAUGGAAGAUAGCUUAGCAAGGACAACAUACUGAAAAUCAUUGACAUCUUCGUUUGCUCAUAUAUAUAUUUUUCCUUUUUUUUUCCUGCUAUUGCAAAAGUAUUGUCUUGUGUAGAUUAGGAUUAAGGGGGGCUUGCUCAUGCUAAUUUGUAUAAAUAACAUUUAUGUCAUAUAAAAUGGCAUGUAAGUUUUGUAAAAUGAAGCAUGUGCAUAUGAUUGUGAUAGC